AUGCAGCCUUUCGGGCCGCUGCGAUGUCUGCUGCUGGUUGCGCUGGGCGUCCUUGCGCAAGCGCAUGAGCCCAUCGUCCUGAAGCCAGGGGAAGCCGAGGCUGGCAAAUCACGGAAGAUGAUGGUGCUUAUUCCAGGGGCGAAUGUACCAAAUCAUCACUACCAGCAGACCGCCCAAGCAAUUCAGGACGCUGCCGCGCAGAAAGGUUUGAGCCUGUGGCUGGUGGUGCCGACCGUCUUCCAAAACCUCUGCAUCAUCAGCUGUGCUGCGACGUGGCUCUGCUCCCCGCUGCACUCGGCAGUGGAGGCGGCGCUCUCCGCCGCUGCGAAGCAGGGCUGGAAUCGGACAAACGACUCCGAGAAUUUGUGGCUGGCUGGGCACAGCCUUGGCGCCACCUGUGCAAACAAGCUUUUCCAGGCCUACAACGCCCACAACUCCAGCAACUCGGGCUCGAGUCCCUAUGCUGGUAUGGUGGUCAUGGGAGGCUAUGUGGAUGAAACAGGAGACUACGACCUGCUCGGCUAUCCGGUGCCA